GCGCUGCGGUGGGAGCAACCCUUCCACGUGCUCGGAAGGCUCGCUGUCACCGCUGUCAAAGCUGUCACUGCUGUUACUCUGUCAUUCUGUCACCUCUGUCUCCGCUGUCGCCACGCUGGCAGGGUGCUGCGGGGAGAUGCCUUUUGAUUGCAAGACUGCUGAAAUGUUUUGAACACUACUUCUCCUCUCCUAACCAUGAACAGUUCAAAAUCACCUGGGCUGGCUGGAUUUGGAAUCUUAAAAAACACAACCUGCCACACGGAGAAGAAGAUUUCGGUUUUCUUUUCAAUAAUCUUCAUGACAGUGGGAAUUUUGUCCAACAGUCUUGCAAUAGCAAUUCUCAUGAAAGCAUACCAGAGAUUUAGACAGAAAUCAAAAGCAUCCUUUUUGCUUCUUGCUAGUGGCUUGGUCAUCACAGAUCUCUUUGGCCACCUCAUCAACGGAGCCAUUGCAGUGUUCGUGUAUGCGUCGGACAAAGACUGGAUUCGAUUUAACCAAUCCAACAUUCUUUGCAGUGUUUUUGGCAUCUGCAUGGUUUUUUUUGGUUUGUGCCCACUCUUCCUGGGCAGCGUGAUGGCUGUUGAACGUUGCAUUGGAGUCACUAAGCCAAUAUUUCAUUCUACAAAAAUGACUUCUAAACAUGUGAAAAUGAUGUUGACUAUGGUAUGUCUGUUUGCUGUUCUUAUAGCUUUGCUGCCUAUUCUUAGGUUUAGAGCCUAUCAAAUUCAAGCAUCGAGGACCUGGUGCUUCUAUAAAACAGAACAUGUUGAGGACUGGGAAGACAGAUUUUAUCUCUUACUUUUUUCUUGCCUUGGGUUACUGGCCCUUGCUAUUUCAUUCUUGUGCAAUGCUGUCACAGGAAUUACCCUCUUAAGGGUCAAAUUUAAAAGUCAACAAAGACAAGGCAGAUCUCAUCAUUUUGAAAUGAUCAUUCAGCUCUUGGCUAUAAUGUGUGUUUCUUGCAUUUGCUGGAGUCCAUUCCUGGUGACAAUGGCCAGAAUUGGGAUAAAUGCAAGUCGUUCAAAGGAGACCUGUGAAACAAUACUUUUCGCUCUCCGAAUGGCAACAUGGAAUCAGAUUUUAGAUCCCUGGGUGUACAUUCUUCUCCGGAAAGCCGUACUUAAAAACCUGUACAAGAUCACGAGGGGAUGUUGUGGCAUGCACAUCAUAAACUUACACAUGUGGGAGCUCAGCUCCAUCAAGAAUUCUUUAAAGGUUGCAGCAAUAUCUGAGUCACCAGUAAGUUCCAAACAAAUAAAUCUACAGCCACUCAGUUCUACAGGGCAAUAAAGUUAAAUAUGGUGUAAGAAGAGAUGAUGGAAGCAGUGCUCAUACACGGGCAAUACCUUACAAUGAAUUCUAAGGCUCAGUGGUUUGGCAUUUGUUUUAAAUUGUGAGUGGUUUGCUCUUGUUGCUUACCAGUUUGACAUUGUUACUCCAACAGAUAUGCUUGAAUGUUUUAAUUCAUUUUAGUAUACAUCCCUUCCAAAACUGGUUGUAGAAUGAUAAAUCAUCCUGGAUUUUUCACUUCCAGGUACUACAGUGAGCAGGGUUCCUUAUAGUGACCCCUACCGAGUCCUUUACCUUAGCAGGAUUCUUAAGAAAACAUACAAGUGAGAAAAUGAUAUCCAAGAUGUUUUUUUAAAGGGGUAGCUGUACCUACCAGUAAUACCCCCAAAUCCUUUGCAAAAAGUCACUGCUUCCUAGGGUAAAGUGCAUCAUCCUUUUACCUAAGCGUAUUCUUUGCUUAUAGGCAAGGAAUUUUACAAUUGAAUGUAGAAAAGAUGUUUUGCUUCUGGCCAGCGUACUAAAUGAUCUAGUUUGCUUGGUUCCUUGACUUGACCUCCUAAUUAUUUACCAUUGCAUGAAUAUUUGGGAGAGCUGCAAACAUCAUCAGUGUAAGUGUUCCUUUCCAAUCACUGAUAACAUGUUAGGUUCCCUGUGGGAACACAGUUAGAAGCAGAUCAACUCAGCUUGCUUGCGGUUACAUUUUUAGUUCUAUCAGUGAGUUUUAAGCCUUCUCAAUAAAUUUUGUUGAAAUUAACAGAAUAAAGCUGUGGUUAGCCUGUAUAAAGAGUAGGGCUUUUUUUUUUUUUUUCCUAAAUUGAGGAAAAUUUCUUGAAGGGUUUCCCUAAUACGUAUACUGAAAUGCUCAUAAGGUACCUCAUAAGGCUCCAUUUGUAAAAGGUCAUGCGUAUCACAUGUGAAAUAAUUGUGUGAACAAAUGAGCAGCUCUACAGGGAACUGCGCUGUGAUUGUGGUUUCUGUUUGUGAAAGCAAACUGCAUACUCAGUGUUUCCAGGGUAUGUGUCUGAAGUGCUGUGUACAUUUAGUAUAUUUGAAGGUGUCAGAAAAUUACAAGGACUUUACACAGGACUAUACCCUGCACCUCUAAUGCUGCUAAAAGAAGCGUUGGCUUUUGUGACUGUACUUUCUUUAGAAGCAAAAUUGUCAGUAUCAGAGACUUUGUAGCAGAAGGAUUAUUUUCAUAUAGAAAUGUCUAAUGUUAUUUUUACCUACUUAACUUCAAGUAACAGCAUUCGCAAAUUGUUGAUAUAUUUGGACUAAGUAGAUAAAAAUUGAUUCACCAAGAAGACAGUUUGAGAGACCAAAACUAUUCACUAAGUACAAAUUCAUGUUGUAUAUGAGAAUAGUUUGAGUCAGAAAAUAAUAAUAAUAAAAAAUGAUUUAAAUAGUUCAAUUUUUGUUUUAAGAGUUAUUUCCUUUUUAUUUUAAAAAGGUUUAAAAAAUAUGGGUUACAUAAACUUGUAAUGAAAUGAAAUGGCUUCAUUAACCCUAAGGAAUUUGUCUGUGAUUUAUUUUGUCAAUCACAGAGUUCAUAAAAUGUGUACAGAUUUGAUGCUGGUAUAAGCUCAGCACUGUUGCUUCUUGUGGGUUCUGCUGAAAUCUGGGAGUAUUCAGUCAGUGCUCAAUUUGGCCUUUUCAUUUCGUAGAAUGUGAUGCCAGUGUAUCUAUUGACAUAAAUUAUUUGUUCUUUAAGGAAGAUAGUUGUUUUAGCAGCUGCAGAAAAAUGUUGGUUCGUAAAUUGUUGAGGUGUUUGAUCAGUGAAUGAAGCUCAUCAAUGUUCCAUUUUGUUAUGUGAAUAAAUGUAGCUUGUGUAGUCCGUAAUGGUUAACUUGUAAAACAACAAAAAAAAAGUUUAUAUGUAUAUGUGAUUUCUUAUAUUUUGUGUACUAUUACAUACUGAAUGUAAAUUGCAGAGCCUCAUUAAAGUUAUCAAACUGUA